AUGUUUGUGAAGAAGAUGCAUGACUUGAUGCACAACACACCCCCGCACAUUGCUGGAUGGUGUCCCGACGGUCAAGCGUUCUACAUCCAGUCCCCUCUCGAGUUUGAACGCGUCGAGCUGCCGCAGUACUUUCGCGGCAAAAGGUACGCAAGCGUCGUUCGCCAACUCCAUUUCCAUGGGUUUCGUCAGCUUGCCGGUCUCCGCGACAUGGAGCCGGCACUGUUUUCCCAUCCGCACUUUCGGCAGGGCGCCCGCCACCUCUUGGUGCAUGUCAUGCGCGUGACCACUACGGAAGAUGGCCCAGAUACGACCAAACAGGUCUGCUUUGAGAAUGCCCUCGGUGACCUCCGCCACGACAUUGACGAAAUCAAAACGACGAUGGCAUCGCUCCACUCGCAACUGUCUCGCCUAAGUCGUGUUGUUGCGGCCAAGGCGGCCAUGCAAAUCACUUCACCGGAUCAAUCGCAAGUCGUAUAG